CCCACUGCUCUCGGCACUCGGUCGGACACUCGCUCGACGGCAGCAUGGCGGCCAACUCGUCAUACCUGUCCAAGGGCAUUGAGAUUGUGCGGCAAGCAUGUGUGGCAGACUCUGAGGAGAAGUUUGAGGAGGCAUACAACCUCUAUGUCUCCUCCCUCCAGUACUUUAUGCAUGCCCUCAAGUGGGAGAAGAACGACCGGCUCAAGGCGUCGAUUCGUACAAAGGUGGAGGAGUACAUGGCGCGGGCGGAGAAGCUCAAGGCAUUUCUGGACGGGCAGGAGAAGGACGCGCCCUCGGGUGGGGUUGCAGUCAAAAAGCGCAAGCCGAAGAAGGGCGGGAGCGGCGGUGGUGGCGGCGACGGUGGCGGCGGCGAUGAUGACGACGACAGCGAUCCGGAGCAGGCACGGCUCCGUGGAGCGCUGGCGUCUGCGAUUCUGACAGAAAAGCCCAACGUCAAGUGGGACGACGUGGCCGGGCUUGAGAACGCUAAGGAGGCGCUGAAGGAGGCAGUCAUUCUGCCGAUGAAGUUCCCGCAGCUGUUCCAGGGCAAGCGUAAGCCGUGGAAGGGCAUUCUGCUGUACGGGCCGCCCGGGACGGGCAAGUCGUACCUGGCCAAGGCGCUGGCCAACGAGGCUGACUGCACAUUCUUCUCGGUCUCGUCUUCGGACCUUGUCUCCAAGUGGAUGGGCGAGUCUGAGCGGCUGGUGCGGCAGCUGUUCGAGAUGGCGCGCGACGCUGGGCGGGCCAUUAUCUUUAUCGAUGAGGUCGACUCGCUCUGCGGUUCGCGGUCGGACAACGAGAGCGAGUCGUCGCGGCGGAUCAAGACCGAGUUCCUUGUGCAGAUGAACGGAGUGGGCAAGGAUGACGACGGCAUCCUAGUUGCUGCGGCGACCAACACGCCGAUGCAGAUUGACUCGGCCAUGCGCCGGCGUUUCGAGAAGCGCAUUUACAUCCCGCUGCCCGAGCUCGAGGCGCGCAUCCGCAUGUUCGAAAUCCACAUCGGCAACGACCCGCUCGUCAAGCUCACCCCGCAGGACUACAGACGGCUCGGCGAGCUCACCGAAGGCUACUCGGGUGCCGACAUUGGCAUUGUCACCCGCGACGCGCUCAUGCAGCCCAUCCGCAAGGUCCAGACCGCAAAGUUCUUCAAGGAGCUGCCCAACGGCAAGGUCACUCCGUGCAGGCCCAACGACCCUGCUGGCUCGCCCAUGACCUGGGUCGACAUCGAGGGCGAGAAGCUUCAGGAGCCCGACGUGAUCAUGGACGACUUUCUGCACGCCCUCGAGACCACCCGCCCUACCGUCUCGCCCGAGGACCUUGAGAUGUACGAGAAGUUUACCGCUGACUUUGGCCAGGAAGGGUAGCGCGAGCAGCAUGAGUAGCGCGAGCAAAGCGUACACAAUGAACAGGGCAACCGCUGA